UUUGCUCGGCCCUGACGAAGCGGGUCCACUCGUGUUCCGACUGCCGCGGGGCCACGACUCCGCUCCGGCCACUCUGAGGCGGUGGCUCCGCUCCGUGCCAGCUCUACUGCGCAGACCGUCCUCGCAGCCUCAGCCGCGCGCAGCAUGGCGGGCGGAGCACUGCCGACCGCGCUCCUGGUCGCUUGCCUGGCGGCGGCGGCGGCGGCAGCCGACGACCUCGAGCAGGCCGCGAUGCCGGCCGAGGAGAGCCGGGUGCAGCCCAUGACCGCCUCCAACUGGACGCUGGUGAUGGAGGGCGAGUGGAUGCUGAAAUUUUAUGCCCCAUGGUGUCCAUCCUGCCAGCAGACUGAUUCCGAAUGGGAAACUUUUGCAAAGAAUGGUGAAACACUUCAAAUCAGCGUGGGAAAGAUAGAUGUCAUUCAAGAACCAGGUUUGAGCGGCCGUUUCUUUGUCACCACUCUCCCAGCAUUUUUUCAUGCAAAAGAUGGGAUAUUCCGCCGUUACCGUGGUCCAGGAAUCUAUGAGGACCUACAGAAUUACAUCUUGGAGAAGAAAUGGCAGUCAGUUGAGCCUCUGACUGGUUGGAAGUCUCCAGCUUCUCUAACGAUGUCUGGAAUGGCUGGUCUUUUUAGCAUCUCUGGCAAGAUUUGGCACCUUCACAACUAUUUCACAGUGACCCUUGGAAUUCCUGUUUGGUGUUCUUACGUCUUUUUCGUCAUUGCUACUUUGGUUUUUGGCCUGUUCAUGGGUCUGGUCUUGGUAGUAAUAUCAGAAUGUUUCUAUGUUCCACUUCCACGGACUUCAUCUGAACGUUGUAAGCAGGAUCAGAGGUCAGAGGAGGCUCAAGGGGCUAGACCGUUGCAGGAUGCAGAAGAGGAAAAGGAUGAUUCAAAUGAAGAUGAAAACAAGGAUAGCCUUGUAGAUGAUGAAGAAGAGAAAGAGGACCUUGGAGAUGAGGAUGAAGCAGAUGAAGAGGAGGAAGAAGACAACCUGGCAGGCAGCAUGGAUGAGGAGAGGAGUGACACCAAUGACCAAGGACCCCUGCAGGAGGGGGGUGUGUCCCAGGAGGAACUGGAAUCUGAUGAAACUGGAGAUGUCCCUGAGCAGCCCCAUUCAGUUGACCCACAGGAGUUGGUAGAAGACUCCUUGAGGCAGCGUAAGAGUCAGCAUGCCAGUAAGGGACCUUAGGUUUCAUGUUAUCUUUUCCAAGAUUACAGGCCAGAAAAAUGAGUUAGCUUCACUCUGGUCUGAAGUUUUUUCCUGUGGUCCACAGUUUAAGCCAAAUCCUUAAUUUUUCCUGAAUGAGCAAUGCUCUCUCCUAAAAGAUGAUCUCUGGUCCUGUGGUCAAAUGGUAAAAAGCCUUUGUAUUUGUAUCCUAAGGAGAGCCAGGCACAAGACUGGAUUUGUGUGGGGACUUGGAUGGAGAACAGAUUCAUGUACUGGGGGCCAGAGAGUCCAUCAGAGGACUCCCCUCCAGUAUUAUUAGCACCUUUAGAAAUGAGGCUACAGGCCUCAUAAGAUGACGACAGAGCUCCUGUUACACCUAGUACAGAGUCUUGUUUCCCGUGUUUCAAACAUUUAUUUUUGUCAUGUAAGAAACAUUGGGUACCAUAGCUCACAAACACUUUCCUGAGCUGCUAAUUGUGGGGACCUUGGGUAGAGAUUUAACUUUAGAAAGGAAUUUGGAAGUUACUUGAGCUCUCUUGGGCUCUGUUAUAUUUUAUUUGUUACCUUAAAUUUCUAGAAUUGCUCCUCUGUGGGCCUACAGAUUCCCUGCCCGACUAUACUGUAGUGAGAGGAGCAGACACCUGUGGAGUCCGCAUCUCUCUCCUUAUUCUGACUUGGGGCUUUAGGUAACAGUAACCACAGCCAGUGAAGCUAAAACUGCCACAUAUCUCAAGGAAAUGUUGAUGUCUUUGGAGAUUCAAAAGGGAGUAUUUUAUAGAUCAGAUAAACAAAACAACUUCUGUUGGCCAACCUGUGGUACUUUUUUUAUUUUCACUUGUUUGAAAUGUUCCUUUAGUAGUGUUUUCUUACUCAAAUUCCAACGUGCUCUAAGUCUUACAUUACAAGGUGUUUCUGUGAAGUGGACUUCAAGGCUGUGUUGUUUAGUUUUCAUCUCAAGACGUUCUCUGCGUCCCAAACCACUUUAAUAAUAAUUCAAAAACCGUUUCUGCUUUUCAGCGCCGUGCUUUUGGUGAAAGAAAUUAAUGAAAGUCAAUAUCGGGAAGUGAAAGGUUUGAUUUUGUUUCCAUCUCCCUUCAUCUUCUGGAGAAUUGUGUUUUUGUAAAUCUCACUCCUCAAUCUACUGUCAGUACCAAGGGAGCCCAGUCUCUUUAAAAAACCCAUCCAUCUCUUCUUUUACCUGAUUUAUGUCUUAGAAUAAAUUCAUAAAAUUAGAUUCCAGGCAUAUAAAAGAUGCCUAAAGUCAAUCUAAACCCCUUGGGUUGAGGCAGAAUAAUGAGAACAGGUUUAUGAAAUUGUAAAACUUUCUGUCAUUUUUGAAAAGGGAUCUAUAGUACAUUUCUCUCUGGCUGUUUAGAUAACCCUUUUCCUGCAUUAGCUGCCAACAUGGGGCUCACUGGUUGGGGGAAAUCAGAACCUCUCUGGCCUGUGUUGUAUGAUGCUGCUGCAAGCCUUGCACAAAGAAGGUUUGUAUUCUGAGUAUCCAUUCCUUAAAAAUGUAUGGUUUUGAUUUUUUUUUUCCAACUCUCCAACUUAGUUAUCUAGGAGCCUCAAUUUGUUAGGAGUUGCUAGUAACUGUUCUCAAGCCUGAGGCCAUCAAGGAGUUGAGGUAUGGGAAGCCCAUCCUGCAUCUCCCAUGUUCCAUCCCCUUUUGACAUAUCCUUACUCAAAGCUCAAAGCACCAUGGUUCUAAGUGUGGCUGUUGAUCUUCCGGAUAGAGCUAAGCUGCACCCACCUUCAUGCCACUGGAUUUCUUUCCCUUGUAAUCAGCUGAACAAAGUCUUCAAAUCAUAGUAAAUUCAAGUUUAGAGUUGUAGAAGGGAAAGGCUUCAUGUUAGUUUGUUCUGUGUUGUAGUCUGCCUCCAAAUUGAAAUAUUCAGUUUCUAGUGGAAUGUUUGACUAAAGUGGAAAGCAAGAAGACUUACAAUCUUGUUGACUUUUAGAAAUGUAAAACAGAUUUGUAGUGGACCCCAAACAGUACCUAAUUAAACAUUAAGAAAAAAUGUUUUCUCUCUUAGAAACAAAAGGAAUUGGAGGGUGAGGAGAAAAUAUCAUGGAUUCAGUAUUAUCUGAACCAGUUUUCCUAAUUUUUCCCUUUUUAGUACUCUGGUAAAAGUUGGUUUCUAGUAAAUAGCCCAAUAAGUGUACAUCCAGUUUAAUAUUUUUCCAUUUGAAGCCUUUAUGUGUAUUCUCAAUAAUUCAAACUAAAGAAAAAAAACUUAAAAAUUUGAUCAUUUAAUAUAACUUUUUUUGUAGAUAAUAAAUUGAAUCCAUAAGAAGUGCACAGAAGCAUGAUUUUAAAAAAAUAAAUCAUGCUUCCCUCCAUUGCCAUAUAAGCUACUUAAUUACAGAAUGGUAUUUUAUAUAAGUUAAAAUUAGGUGACUGAAAGAGUGAUUAUAGGAUGAGGGUUCCCAGUGCAAGGUGCCUUGUUAUUAAUUGGAAUAUCUGAAAAUUCUAGUUUCCUUUUUACUUCUUUUACUGUUCAUCUGUUCUAGAUCUGUUAAGCCAAAUCAGCUUGCUUAGGCUCUCACACAGAAGCCAUGCACAGGCCCUUCUACUUCUUUCUUUUGGAGUAUCAUCACUGAAUGGUUAAGAGAUGGCUCAUUCACUUUGCAGGCCUUUGCAUUGCAUGGCAAUUACUACAGCCUUAUCUUGUAUAUAGGAUUUAUAUCUGUUAGCUACAACUAAGUAGUGUAAUAGAAAAACAAACAAGCUUGGGACAGAUUGAACUGACAGUUGAGAAAAACCAUAUUUUGACAUUUUAGGGUCCAAACCACUUGCUGGUAAUUAUGAUACUGCUCUGUGGUUUGCGUGUACAUAAAUUUGUAUGACUGCAUUUGUCACACCUUUGAAAUUGGAUGAUUGAAACCUAUUUAAGGGAAUAUUUACCAUAUAGCUUUUUAUUAGCAAGUUAGGGUCUGUGCUUAUAUGUUGUAGGAGGGAAGUAACAAAAGAGCCCAAGGGAAAAUACAAAAACAAAUUACUGAAAACAAGGGCAAACUUGAUAUUUCUGCAUAAAAUCUUCAGCGUGAAGUGAGAGAACGAAAGGAAGCCUGGUGCUUUUGCUGGUAUGUAUCGGUAGUCUUUCCGUGUCCUCAGUGUUCUGCUGUUUGCUUCUGCCAGUAUUGUACAUGUGUAGUCAGCCAGCCUGUCAAAUCUCUCAACUGUUUUGAAAGUGUUCAUGUAAAUCUUGUGCCAACAGGAAUGUUCCUUCUCACGUAGGGUCUCUUUACCUCGUUUUUCCAUUUCGAACUUCUCGUGAAGAUUAUAGCUUGUCUUGCAGAAACCAAGUGUGGAAUCUUAUGAAACCUGAUGGGGCAGUUCUGUGAGCAGCUUCCCAAGCAGGAGGGUCAGUUGAGAAGUCUGUGAAAGCUUCAGCCCAGGAUGUGGCUUUCAGAUGGCAUAUUCUUUAAAGUUUUGUGUAGACUGUGACGCUGUGUAUGUGAUCCAUGACUUGACAUGUUUCCAAUGUAGUUUAAUCAUUUAUUUUUAGACAGAUUUGUAGAAAUGGGAUUUUUAUGCUAAAGACAAUGUUCAUUUGUAAUGAAAUCCAUUAUAAAAAGGUUGUUUAUAUUCUUUAUAAUAGUUUAGAUUAUUUACGCAGUAUAUUUAUUUUUUCUUUACUCAUGUAUUUGCUUUCUCAAAUAGAUGUGUAGCGACUGAAAUGAGAAAUCAGUAUAUUGUUUCAAGCAGUACAUUGCUUGAGUUACAAAUUAUCUGAUCACAGAAUUGUAUAUAACCCUGAGACUAUAUAUUGCCAUUUUAUUGUAAAUUCCAUUUGCAUCAAAACCUAACGAUAGUGAUGACCAAGUGAAAACAGAGUGAUGUAUUGUUUCUUCACAUGUAUUUUCACAAACAUUUGCCUAGUCAGUUAAAAAUGCUUUGUUUGAAAUCUAA